GGACUGGCAAUAUCAAUUUUCCCCUUAGUGGGUCCCACCACUUUCAAACAGAAAAUAGGGCCAGUGUUUUGUCUCUUUACCCACCACAUUGAAAUUUUCAAUAACAAAAUCUCAGCCGUUGGAUUGAAAUCCGAACUUUGACUUGUUACCGGUUCACCCGGUCACCUUCUCCUCCAAUAUAUUCCCCACCUUCCCUCUUCCCACAUUUCAUUCACAUCUCCACCAUUUUCUCUCUCUAAAACAUUUCUGCACUAAGAGAGAGAAAGAAAAAACAGAAAAUAAAUAAAUCAAGUUAUUCGCCGGAAAAAAUGGCCGUGGAAUUGCUCGGCUACGGGAAUCUGAACGAGCAAAUGGCGAUCCAGGAAGCUGCUUCGGCCGGUUUAAAAUCAAUGGAGCAUUUAAUAUUUGCCGUAUCUCACCAGCAGCAGCAGCAGCAGUACCGGAAUCAGCAGAUUGACUGCAGAGAAAUUACUGAUUUCACCGUUUCCAAGUUCAGGAAAGUGAUUUCUAUUCUGGACCGGACCGGCCAUGCCCGGUUCAGACGUGGUCCGGUUCAGCCGCAGACGACGGCGUUGGUUGCUGUUCAGCCUCAGCUAGAAACGCAGAAGCCUGCUGCUCCUCCUACAAUUUACAAGCCGAAGCCUCUGAGCCUGUUCUCUCUUUCUCCCGCCUCGCCGGAGCCGGCCGCGGCGCUGCCGCUGACGCUUGAUUUUACCAAACCUGGCAAGUGUUUAUCGGCGGCGAUGUCGACUUCCGGUAACUCGUCUUCGACCUUUUUGUCGUCAAUUACUGGUGAAGGCAGCGUUUCGAACGGGAAGGGUGGAUCUCCGUCAAUGUUUCUGACGCCGUCUGUUGCGGCGGUCUCCGCCGGUAAGCCGCCUCUCUCCGGGAAGAGGUGCCGGGAGCACGACCAUUCCGAUAACUUAUCCGGCAAGACCUCGGGUUCUAGCCGGUGCCACUGCAAAAAGAGGAAAUCGAGGGUGAAGAACACAAUUAGGGUUCCGGCAAUUAGCUCAAAAGUUGCGGAUAUUCCGUCCGACGAGUAUUCAUGGAGGAAGUACGGCCAGAAGCCAAUCAAGGGCUCACCAUACCCACGGGGCUACUACAAAUGCAGUACAGUCAGGGGUUGUCCGGCGAGGAAGCAUGUCGAAAGGGCGACCGACGACCCGGCGAUGCUGAUCGUAACUUACGAAGGCGAGCACCGGCACACCACCACUCAGGGCGGCGCGAUGCAGGAGAUUCCGGCCGCCGGAGUUGCUGCUCCCGGCCAGUUAGUGGUGUUUGAGUCGUCGUGAGAAAAGAAAGGGGUUCUUUUUGUAAUUUUUAUGUAGUUGGAGGGGCUGUUCGAAAGAAAUUGUGGAAACUCGUAGGAAGUGGGUUUUUAGAAAAUGUGGGGGGUUUUAUGUAAAUUUGGUAGGAGUAGAGGACAGAUUCAGCAAAAACGAAAAAAGUGUUUAAUUUCGAUAAUAUUUUUAGUUGACAUUAAUUAUUAGUUUAUUGGAUGACUUUUCCUAUAUCU